UCGGGUGCCCACCUCGCUUCUUAAGAUCCGUAAUUCUAGCGGUGCGGAUAUAUAAAGCGCAAGCCGCACCGAGAACCACAAGUCAGUGCAGUCUCCGGCUCUCGCAAGACAAAACCGAAAACAAAAAUUAUCAACAUGAACCGACUGGUUAUCGCUCUUUUCGCUUUGGCGACCGUCGCCUCGGCUGCUCCUCUGGACAAUACAACGCCGAUUCCGAUCCUCCGACAGGCUCAGGACGGUCCGAACCCCGAUGGUUCUUACUCGUUUAAUUACGAGACCGCAAACGGUAUUCAGGCCCAAGAAGAAGGAUACCAAGAGAACGCCGGAACCCCGGAAGAGGCGAAUUCCGUCCGAGGAGGAUACAGCUACACCGGACCCGACGGUAUCCCGAUCUCAGUGACGUACGUUGCUGGCAAAAACGGAUUCGAACCCAAGGGAGAUCAUUUCCCAACCCCUCCCCCAAUCCCAGAAGAAAUUCUCCAGGCUCUCGCCUACAUCGCCGCCCACCCCGAGGAGAAUGACAUCGACGCACCCGGCUCCAACCAGCAACAACGGUACUAAAAAUCACCCGAAGAUUUCACCUCCGGAUUAAAUAUCGUUUUAUUAAAUAAUUUCGCUCAGUCGACGACGUCACGGUGAUCGGGGCCCGGAGUCCGAUUAGCAAGCCUUCAGACACGCUGUGCGAUGAUUUUAGCCGUAGCCGACAAUGUCAACUCUUUUAAUUUCCUCUUUUUCCCUGGUCAAAAUUUUGUUGUCUUUCAUUUUUUGAUCACGGAAAAACUCAACGAUCUAUGCAGUGUCUUUUGGCUUACCGAUCCAUUCCCGAUAUCAAAACUUGCUGUAAUUAUAAUAUAAUAUUAAUUAUCUUAAUGUAUAUUGUAAUGUUUUAUACGCAGCCCGUAUAUUUAAAUACGAAUGAAGUAUACAUAUAGGUUGGAGAAAUCAAAAAUGAGAAAAAAGUAAAAUGGUAGAAUAAAGAAUGUGUAAAUAAAUCGUGUUUGAAAGAA